GAUGGCGUCAGUUUCCUCGAAAGCCAGAGCAAGAUGGUGCCCUAGUUUAGUCGGACAGAAGCCAUGGCGUCCGCUAGUACUGGAAGUAGGGUGUCCUGCGGGAGAGAUUUGAAUUGUGUGCCAGAGAUAGCUGACACUUUAGCCGCUGUCGCCAAACUCGGGUUUGAUUUCCUGUGCAUGCCCCUUUUCCACCCGAGGUUCAGGAGAGAGUCUGAGGUGGAGCCCGCUAAAUCCAGACCUGGAGCCCAGACCCGUUCAGAUCUGCUACUUUGUGGAAGAGACUGGAAUACUCUCAUUGUUGGGAAGCUUUCCCAGUGGAUUGAUGCAGAUUCAGAAAUCGAGACAGAACGCAGGAACUCAGAAGAUGCUCUUGCACAGGAGCUGAACUUUUCAGCCUACCUGGGUCUGCCUGUCUUCAUGAUCCCUUUGAAGGGCCCCAAUAAUGCCAAUCUAGCCCGAAUGCUGCUGAACCACAUCCACACUGGACACCACACCUCAAAUUUCUGGAUACGUGUCCCGUUGAUGGCCCCGGAGGACAUGCGGGAAGAUCUGAUUGAGAAUGAACCGACCACUUGUGUUGAUGAGACGAGUGUAGAUGAGAAAACCUGGAGCUGGUGGCACUCAUUCAGAACCCUCUGUGAUUACAACAAGAGGAUCUGUCUUGCUAUUGAAGUGGGAGCAGACAUGCCAUCAGACGCUGUGAUUGAUAAGUGGCUCGGAGAGCCAAUCAAAGCAGCGGUACUUCCCACAAGCAUCUUCCUAACUAAUAAGAAAGGAUUCCCUGUUUUGUCUAAAGCCCAUCAGAAGAUAAUCUUCCGGCUUUUCAAGUUGGAGGCUCAGUUUAUCUUCACAGGCACCAGUCGACACACUGAGAAGGACUUCAGAUCCUACCUGCAAUACCUGGAAUACCUCAACCAGAACAGACCUGCGCCUAAUGCCUAUGAGCUCUUUGCCAAAGGAUAUGAAGACUACCUGCAGUCACCUCUACAGCCCCUCAUGGACAACUUGGAGUCUCAGACAUAUGAAGUGUUCGAGAAGGAUCCCAUUAAAUAUUCUCAGUACCAACAGGCUGUAUAUAAAUGUCUUUUGGACAGAGUACCAGAGGAGCAGAAAGACACUAAUGUUCAGGUGUUAAUGGUGUUGGGAGCAGGAAGGGGACCUCUGGUUAAUGCAUCUCUGCGUGCUGCCAGACAGGCAGACCGGAAGCUGAGAGUAUAUGCUGUUGAGAAAAAUCCCAAUGCUGUAAUCACAUUAGAGAACUGGCGCUUUGAGGAGUGGGGUGACCAGGUGACAGUGGUGUCAUGUGACAUGCGGGAGUGGAAAGCACCAGAGAAAGCUGAUAUCAUUGUCAGCGAGCUACUUGGAUCAUUUGGGGACAAUGAGCUCUCCCCAGAGUGCUUAGACGGAGCGCAGCACUUUCUCAAAGAUGAUGGAGUCAGCAUCCCCUGUUCCUACACGUCCUACCUGGCUCCUCUCUCCUCCUCCAAGCUGUACAAUGAAGUUCGAGGGUGCCGGGAACGGGACAAGGACCCAGAGUGCCAUUUUGAGACGCCAUAUGUUGUGCGACUCCAUAACUUCCAUCAGCUGGCUGAGCCUAAACCCUGCUUCACUUUUACGCACCCCACAAAAGACAUGAACAAUAACCGGUACCAGUGUCUUCGGUUCUCUGUGGAUUGUAACUCGGUGCUCCAUGGCUUUGCAGGCUACUUUGAGACCACUCUGUACAAAGAUGUCACACUUAGUAUAAAACCAGAUACACAUUCACCUGGAAUGUUCUCCUGGUUUCCCAUUCUGUUCCCCCUCAAACAACCCAUCUCCAUAUCUCGGGACGAUGACGUGACCGUGCGAUUCUGGCGCUGCAACAAUGGGAAGAAGGUUUGGUACGAAUGGGCGGUGACUGAGCCCUCCUGCUCUGCCAUCCACAAUCCAGCUGGCCGGUCUUACACCAUCGGCCUAUAAACAUGAAGAAUCGGCACACCUGUCAGACAUUCAUGUGUAUUUUUAGAAAGACGCUGGCUGUUUGAGCUUAUAUAUCCAGGGUUAAAACCUAAAGUCUGGCUGAGGAGAAAUGAGUCGUCGAGCUGUAAACACAACCUGUUGCUCAUUCAGAUCAGCACUCCUCUUUAGUUUGACCCGUUGAGGUUAUCUUCCAUACAGUUACUGUGGAUAUCUACAUUCAGUCCGACUGGACCUAUGCCUUAUCAAACACAUUCCACAUGAUCCAUAACGUCAAUACAUCCUUUAGUGUCAGAGGAAAGCUACUGUUUUUAGGUCAUGUUUGGCAUACACAACCUGUUGGAACAUUUUCAAUAAAACAUAGUAAUGUUCUCAGUUUGCGGUUAUUUCAGUACGGCACAUAAAUGUAUGUGUGAUGGUUUUCUUUAUUAAAGUCAAGUAUUGUCACUAAGGUUAUAUAUAGACUGCUGCUCACACUGAUGGUGGAUAAAGAAAUAUGUCCCUGUUUCACUGCAGAUGAGAAGGGAACACCUUCCUUUCCUCAUUUCUUGGGUCCUACUUUAUUUUCCCUGGUUCCCUUUUUCCUACUUCCCUUAUACCAUUUCGAGUUGAAUAAAGCUUUACUUAAUCCUUCCUUC